AUGGGUUUCUUUGACGGCUGGGACGGCGCGUCCGUGAUUUCGUCGUCGUCGAAGCACACCAAGCACCACAAGUCGUCUUCGUCAUCGCACAAGUCGUCGCGAAAGCGCUCAAAGUCGAGAUCCCGCUCGCGCGAUCGCAAGCACCGCAGCUCGGGCAGCGCCUCUGUCAUUGGCAACUUCCUGGCUGGCAGCGGCAGCAGCCACUACAACAAGCACAACUCGUCCAAGGCGAGCUUCUUCAACCUCGGCAACAACAGCAGCAGGAGUCUCUUUGGUGGUCUGGGUAUGUCACUUACUCAUCUUAACGCUCCCCCUCACCCCCGCUCUGACACAACAAGCACAGGCCGCUCCUCGUCCUCAUACUACCGCCGUCAGCCCCGCGCCAACUUUGUCCAGCGCGCGAUCAAGUACCUGAAGAAGCUCCUCCGCGACCUCGUCUACUACGCAAAGCGGCACCCCAUGAAGGUCUUCAUGAUCGUCAUCAUGCCCCUCAUCACCGGCGGCGCCCUGACGGCCCUGCUCGCGACCUUCGGCCUGCGCCUGCCGCCCUCGGUCGAGCGCAUGCUCGGCGUCGCGGCAAAGACCGCCUCGGGCGACGGCAUCGGCCUAGUCGGCGAGGCCGUCCGCAUGGCGAGCAACCUCGGCGGCAGCGGGGGUGGCAGCGCGUUUGUCGAGCACGGCCGCGACGGCGGCCUGCAGUGGGAGCGCAAGGGUUAUAGCAGCACCAGCAGCGACUGGGGUAUCGGCGGGGGUCUGAUGGGCGGCGUCAAGGACUUCUUCCGGUGA